AUGGGCUGGUUACCCGAGGGAAACGCCACCUCCCCGCGCGACCCCUUCCAUCAGCUCUCCCCUUCCGCCAAACCCUCCGCGCACUCCGCUUCCGCGCACGUCAUCUCCGCCUUCCGCUGCACGCUCCCCGCCAUCGUGCUCGGCGCGCUUCUCUUCGGAAAUCUCCUCCUUUUCUCCGCCAACCCCCGCCUCUGGCCCGCCUGCCCGCCCGACCGCGACGCCGUCGACGCGCUCGUGCUCGCGGGGCUACAGCCGGGCGGCGCUAGCAGCGGCGGGGGAUUGCAGGCCGUAGGGACGCUACAGCCGUCCGUGUCGGUUGUAGUCGAACGGCCGGCAGGUGGCGCGGGCGCUGCCGGCGGCGAGAGCGCCGCGGCGGGGGAAGCGGCGGAAUGGUGGCGGGAAAAAGACAGCGCGUAUAGUCCAAUUGGCGGAAAGGGCGGCGGAGGUACCCCUCGCCUGGCGUACGGCAUCCUCGGCGCGAAAAACGACAGCGCGCGCGUCGUGCGCCUCCUACUCGCCAUCUACCACCCGUUGAACCACUACGCCGUCCAUAUCGACGACCCGGAGGAAACUCUCGCGCUAAAGACAAAAAUUGCAGCCCACCCCGCGCUGUCGAGCCGCGCGAAUGUUGUCGUUAUUCCGGACCCCGAAGUAGUCACGUACCAGGGGUCGACGCUGCUGUCCGCGACGCUGCGCCUCGCGCAUGUGCAUAUAGCGAGCGGCGCGCAGUGGGACUGGUUCAUCAACCUGAGCGCUGCGGACUACCCGUUAAUGUCACAAGACGACAUGCUCUAUCUCUUUUCGCACGUGGAUCGCAGCCUCUCGUUCAUGGACCACAGCGUCGAGCACCGAUUCGACUACCGGCAGCGUGCAGUGAAUCUGGACAGGGCGCUCUUCCAGGCGCACAGAGGGCACAAGCUCAUGCGGGACGUGCGGCCCGCUGCCACUCGCUUCCACGUCUUCAUGG